CUCUUCCGGUGUCAUGGCAUCAAUUGCAAGGCCAAGGCAAAAAAGGGAGCACUAGAUGUUUGCUAGACCACUGUUUUUUGCUUCUGUUCUCCGUGGACUUCUUAGAAAGAACCUGGGAGACCUCCAAACUACAGCAAUGGAGGUGGUGACCUUUGAGGAUGUGGUCGUGAACUUCAGCAAUGAGGAGUGGACUUUGCUGAGUCCAUCCCAAAAGAACCUCUACAGAGAUGUGAUGGGCGAAACCUUUAGGAACAUGACUGCAAUUGGAGGACUUGGGGAUAUCCAGGAAGCUGAAAAAGAAUGCAAAAUUUACUGGAGAUACUUAAGAAAUGACAAUCUAGGGAAAUCCUAUGGACAUACAUCUUGGAAUCAGUGUAAAGAAGUAUCCCUUUGUACUGCAGAAGGUAAUGUGAAUGUGAAAGAAGCAGAAACACACCACAAUGUUCAGAUAUGUGAAAAAUAUUGCAGUGGAGAGAAAUCCUAUGUAUGUCAGCAAUGUGGAAAAGGGUUGACCAAAUCUGGACAUUGUAAGCAACAUGAAAUAAUUCACACUGGAGUGAAACCAUAUGUACGUAAGAAAUGUGGGAAAGCUUUUAACACAUGGGCAAAUUGUAAAAUACAUGAAAGAAUUCACACUGGAGAGAAACCCUAUGUAUGUAAGCAAUGUGGGAAAGCUUUUAACACACGGGGAGUUUUUAAGAACCAUGAAAGAAUUCACACUGCAGAGAAACCCUAUGUAUGUAAGCAAUGUGGGAAAGGUUUUACCCAACAUGGAGAUUGUAAGCAACAUGAAAGAAUUCACACUGUAGAGAAACCAUAUGUAUGUGAGCAAUGUGCGAAAGCUUUUAAAAGACGUGCAUAUUGUAAGGUUCAUGUAAGAAUUCACACUGGAGAGAAACUUUAUGUAUGUAAGCAAUGUGGGAAAGCUUUUACCCAACUUGGACAUUGUAAGCGACAUGAAAGAAUUCACACUGGAGAGAAACCCUAUGUAUGUAAGCAAUGUGGGAAAGGUUUUAACACACAUAGACAGUGUAAGGAACAUGAAAGAAUUCACACUGGUGAGAAACCAUAUGUAUGUAAGCGUGUGGGAAAGCUUUUACCCAACUUGGACAUUGUAAGCAACAUGAAAGAAUUCACACUGGAGAGAAACCCUAUAUAUGUAAGCAAUGUGGGAAAGCUUUUAUCACACAUGGACAUUGUAAGGCACAUGAAAUAAUUCACUCUGGAGUGAAACCAUAUGUAUGUAAGCAAUGUGGUAAAGCUUUUACCCAACUUGGACAUUGUAAGCGACAUGAAAGAAUUUACACUGGAUAGAAACCCUAUGUAUGUAAGCAAUGUGGGAAAGCUUUUAACACACGGCAAGAUUGUAAAAUACAUGAAACAAUUCACACUGGAGAGAAACCCUAUGUAUGUGAGCAAUGUGGGAAAGGUUUUAACACACAUAGACAGUGUAAGGAACAUGAAAGAAUUCACACUGGUGAGAAACCGUAUGUAUGUAAGCAAUGUGGGAAAGCUUUUACCCGACAUGGACAUUGUAAGCAACAUGAAAGUUCACACUCAAGAGAAAACCAGUGUAUAUAAGCAUCAUGAGAAUUUUUUGAGCACAAGUACAUAUUGCAUAAUGCAUGAAAAACUUCACACUGGGCAGAAAACUUAUAUAUGUAAGGAAUGUGGGAAAGGUUUCAGCAGAAAUGCUCAUUGUCCAAUACAUGAAAAAAUUUACACUGUUGAGAAACCCUGUUUAUGUGAAGCACAUGGGAAAGCUUUAACCACACAUGGAUUUUGUAAAAUACAUCAAAGACUCCACACUGGUGAGAAACCUUAUGCAUAUAACAAUGUGGCAAAGCUUUUAACACAUACAGUCAUUGCAAAACACAUGGAACAAUUCACACUGGGAUGAACCACUGGCUACGUAAGCAAGUGGAGACACUUUCAGCAGCCAGAUUGUAAGUGAAAUACAUGAAGAAACUCACACAAGAGAUAAAUCCUAUGUGUUAUGGGAAUACUCAGCACACAUGAUCAUUGUUUUCAUUUAUCCCUAUCAACCUUAUGUUGUUCUGCUUUGCGUCAUCUUGCAGGGUUGAAUAGUUAUUUCCUGAUUUCUUGUUAUUUUUAAAAGAUCUUCCCUUUCCUGUUCACUGGCUGCAAUCUUGUCUUCGAGGUCUGAGAUUCUAUCUUCACAUUCAUUGAGGCAGUUUUUAUAACUUUCAAUGGAGUUUUUGAUUUCACUUUGCAUUUGCUUUAUGUAUUCUGUUUGUUUCUUACAGAGUUCAUCCAGGGAUUCUAUCUUUUUGUUUAGUUCCUCCAAUUUUUUAACUGUCUUCUUUAGAUAUGUUCAGAAUCUCCUUCAUUUCUUUUACCAUUUCUUUUUUUACCUACGAGAUUAUUUCUAGUUUGAAUUUGUUUAAUGCUUCCCAAAGUUGCUUCUUUAUUUCAGUUACUAUUAUUUCAGGUAUUUCAGUUAUGUGGAAUGUGUUUUCUUCUAUGCACAUGACUCCUAGGCUUUUUUGGGAUGGGAUGAAUGUUUGAGAUUGCAUUUUGGUCUUUCAUUUUGUCAUUUUGCUGUAUUUUCAAGCUUCAAGUGUUGUUCCAAGUGAGGGAAUGAGUUCACCAUGAUUGGGAUGGGAUUUCAUGCCUCGGCCGAACUUGCUGGCAAGGUAGGGAGUUCCCUCAGACUGGAAUUGGAAUCUGUUCCUCGGCCCCACUUGCUGGUCCCAGCCCAGGAAUCCGUGGACUGGUCCCCAGCUGAGCACGAGAGUUACUCCAAACUGGGAAAGGAUUCUGUGCCUUGGCCCGACUCCCUGGUUCUGACUCGCUGGUCCCAAACCACUGGUCCCAGUGGGCAACCAUGGGCUGGUCCCCAGGUGAGGAAAGGAGCCCCUCCAGACUGGGAUGAUAUUCCGUGCCUUGGCCUGACUUGCUGGUCCGGGCAGGAAACCACGGGUUCUACAUCAGGUUUGAUUAUUAACUGCUUUCACAUCCUACAACGUCUUCAAAGUUGUGUUUUUAUAAAAAUAGCUAUAUAAUGUUAUGCUUAAUUGUAUAGUCCCUGAUGAUGUGGACAAUUCUAUUGAAAAUAACAAGAGAAAGCAUAGUAAGUACUGUAUAUCACCUAAUAUUGUGGUCUUAUAUGUCUCUUUCAUAUCAUGAUUUUCUAGGAGUUUGUUUUGUUGUCUUAUUUUGAUCUGUUUUCCCCCAUAACACAGAAAGGAUAGAUAUCCACAUAGAGAUUCACACAUCGGAAGAAUUUCUAACCUAUUUAUUUGAACAAAUAAUAUAAUGCAUAAUGUAAUGAACAGAUACUCUGAAGAAGAAGUGACACUAAAAAACCCAAUGCUAAUUCUGUAGCAUUAUGAUAUAAAAUUGAGCAAUACUAUUAUGCACUGUUCAGAGUGAUAUUAGUCUAGUCUCUUAUUUUUUUGGGAAUUGUAAUUUUAACACGGCAUAGUUUUAAUCUUUUGAUGCACGUGCUUCAUUUUCUCUUUCAUAAAUGAUGUUUCUGAAGUUGAGGCAAUAUUUGGCAUUAAGAUAUACAUUUGUAGAUGCUUGGAGUAUGUGUUUUUGACAAAGUUGUGUUCUUUUCACAUAACUUGUACAUUAAUGAAUGUUAUGUUUUCCAAGUUGUGACAAGACAUCUGCUGAUUUCCUAACAUCACUGGAUAUCAUACCAUGUAAAUUAUGUUGCCUGAUUUUGUUUCUCAGUGGAGCCAAUAUUUGUUAUUUAAGUAAACCUUUGUUUUUCUAACCAUCAGAAUUUUACUUGUUAUGUUUAUAUUACAUCUUUUUUUGCUAGUAAGGUUUCCCCACAUGUACCAAAUGUAAACCAUACUACUGUGAAUUUCUGACUGUGCCAUACUGACAGAAUCAUAACUUGUCUCCAAUAGCACAUCACAAUAGAUAUAUCAAUAUCUCCAGAAAUUAUAAAGUUUGGCAUGAUUUAUGAGUAACCAAACUUUGAAAUCAAUUUUUCUUAAAUAUGGAAUUGUUUGGGGGGAAAAUGUUGUUAUUGGAUGUAUUGUGCAAAUGCCUUUAUUUUAUUCCUUGAUGCUGUGAAUGCAUUAUAUAUUUUGUAAUUAUUACUGUUUUUUCCUAAAAUACUGUAUUAAUGGCAUGAAGGGAAACCUAAAUUUU